AUAUCACUUGGCCACGCGCGUGCGCUGUGGAGGCAUUCGGCAUUCGAUAAAGAAAAAACAUUUUGACUAGUCAUGAUAUGAAUUUGGUUAUUGCAAGAAUUUUCCAUUAUUUAUCGUUAUAAUUAGUGAAAUUUCGUUAUUAUUCUUCGUUUAGUUUCAUCCUCGGUGUAAUCCAAGAUCAAAAUGGAUAACAAAGUGCCCGUAAUGGUCGAGCUGGAGCAGCUGCAGAAUCGUAAACUAUGGCAUCAGUUAACGUUGAAACUAUUAGCUUACGUUCAAGACCCAGAAGUGCUAAAAAACGAGAAUUUACUCAAGCUGUACAACGAUUUCAUACAACCGAUCGAGAGUAAAAUGAACCCGUUCACGUUUAUGAAAAUCGUAUCCUAUAUUAUCACUCAAUUCACCGACCCCAAAGAAACGGUGACUUUUCUCCAAACUCAAGAACCGAAAGUGAAAAGCGAUAAAGAAGCGCUCAUCUAUUGUAAAACUCUCGAAGGCGAAGUAUACUUGGAUAAAUUGAAAAACCAAGACGAAGCUGUGAAAAUAAUCACCGAAUUAGAGACCUUAUUAGCGGACAUCGAAGAAAUAGGAAUAGUUCAUAAUCGUUUCUAUCUGCUGGCCAGUCAACUGUAUCGUAUUCAGAGUAAACACACCGAGUUUUAUCGUACGUGCUUGAAAUACCUCGGUUCGAUGGAUUUGGCAUCGAUUCCCGUCAAAGAACAAAUGCAACACGCCUUCCUUCUAUCGCUAGCUGCCUUACUCAGCGAAGACAUUUAUAAUCUAGGUGAACUUUUGCAACACCCUGUACUCGCUACGUUGAAAAAUACACCCCAGGAAUGGCUGAUCGACCUUUUGCACGUUUUUAACUCCGGUAAUAUCAGAAAGUUCGAAGAAAUGCAACCGAAAUGGGCUUCGAUCGGAGAUAUAGCCGUACAGAAGGAUAAACUUAGACGUAAGAUAUCGCUUCUAUGUUUAAUGGAAAUGACUUUCAAACGUCCAUCUAAAGAUAGAAGAUUAACGUUCCAAGAAAUAGCCACCGAAACGGAAUUACCUAUCAAUGAUAUCGAAUUAUUAGUCAUGAAAGCGUUAGCCAUCGGUUUGGUCAAAGGGUCUAUUGAUCAGGUAGCUCAAGAAGUACAUUUGAACUGGGUUCAACCACGAGUUGUAGAUAAAUCGCAAAUUAAAACUAUGGUGAAACGAUUAGAUACUUGGUUAGGUGAUGUGAAUGCCAUGAAAGGAUUAAUCGAAGAGAAGGGGUUAGAUUUUUUGAAAGUGUAGUUUGUCGAAAGUAUUCUAUCGAUUUGUACGAUCUUAUAUGUCAUUUUUAUAUCAUUUGUUGAAUUGUUUCGAUAAUAAAAUUUUUCUAAAUUAAAAACUGCUAAUGUUAAGUUGUGUUUAUUUUUUAGUCUGCUCUUUGUAACACCUUCGUAAAAAUAUAAUUAUGUUUGUA